GUCCUCCAUAUUGGAGAUCUUUGGUUACAUAGGACGCUAAAUUAAUGUAAACAUGUGAUUAAUAAAUGUUGCAUUUCAAUUUCCAAGUUAUAUGGAGGGUAGGAAUAUUUGUCACAAUGCUAAAUACGGGAUGAAAUACAAAGUAAAUUGAUAAAAUUCCAAGAUGCCAUGCUCAUGGCAAAAAGAAGAUUAUUUUGCGCUCCUAAUGAGCACAGACAAAAAAUCCUUCUCAGCCCUUGAAAUGCUGGUGGAUGAUUUACAUGCUGACAAAGAAAAGACAGUCACUAAGUUUUUAUGCCAUUCCGGCUCUGAAGAUUUCCUCUGGGGACUGGUUCAUCUGCUUGGAAAUGACACUGCAAGGGUGGCAGGCAAUGCCGCGUACAUCCUGGGCACGCUGGCUGAGUCGGAGAUCGGAUGUGUGCGGGUUCUCUCCCUUGUUAAUCAGGGCUCGGGUGAGAGUCGGAAGAUUCUGCCCCACCUCACCCGCAUGCUCACCUUUGAUGACUCGGAGAGUGUUAUGAAUGCUGCUGGGACGAUGGGAACACUGGCUGAGAGUGCUGAAGGUCGUGAGUGGAUUCUGAGUGAGAGAUGCCUGCCCCAGACCAUAGACCACAUAACGGCAUUGUUGCACUCAGAUAACCUGUGGACAGCCAGUAAUGCUGCUCUUGUUCUUGCCAGGUUGAGUAUAUCAGAGCAGGGAUGCUCCCGAGUCCUUGAGCACGAGCACUCGACACACAUACUCUCCAAACUCAUACUCUCCCUUGGAGUGGAUGAGGCCGGCCGAGGCAUGAAUGCAGCGUUUGCUAUUGGUCGUCUUUGUGAUAUGGAUCAGGGCAGGAAGCGACUUCUGCAGCUCAAUGACAGUGAACGCAUGAUUUCCGCCUUGGCCAAAAUGCUGUGCUGUGAUGACACAGGUGCUAGUAAGAAUUCUUGUUUUGCACUAAGUUGCUUAGCAACCAAUGCAGAAGGGCACUCACGGUUGCUAGGCAAUGUGCACUCUGAGGACAUCCUCAAGACACUGGCUAGUCUCCUCUGUGCCGAGGACUCAGAAACAGGCUGGUUUGCUGCAAUGACGUUACGAACUUUAGCUAGUCAACCCAAAGGCUGUCUCCGGUUGCGGGAGCACCCCCAAGUUAUUUCGGGUCUCAAGGGUAUUGAGUCAAAAGAAGAUAUCAACCCUGACCUGAAGGAGGAAGCCAUUAUAACCCUGGAAAUACUCAAACGUUUGUCUAAACCUAGUCCACCUAAUGUUAUAGUUGUGUCAUCAACACAGAUCAAGGCAAGCUGGGAACCAUUAUCUACAAAGAGUGGAUUCCAAAUCAGAUACCAGCUCUUUGACAGUUCAAAAUGUGUAUACACUGGUAAGCAAUGCGAGUGUGAAAUAUCUGGUCUCACGCCCAACACACCUUACACCUACAAACUUCGGGCCUACACAGACGGGGAUGAGAGUCCGUUCAGUGACAUUGUUGCAGCAUUAACAGAAGAAGAUGUUCCAGGGCCACCACAGAGUGUUCGGAUAUUGGGUACAACAAUAACACAGCUCAAAGUGGGCUGGGAUCCGCCAGCAGAGAUAAACGGUGCAUUGAAGGGAUACUAUGUCUUUCUAGAUGACAAGGAAGUCCAGCACACAACUGAUACUUCGGUGAUACUAACAGGACUGACUGCAAACACCUCAUAUGAACUGGAGGUGUGUGCAGCCACCAGUAAAGGUCGUGGGGAUCGGGCAGGGAUUAUUGGCACCACAGCAGAAAUGGGAGCUCAUGCCCCAUCCAAGCCGCAUGUGAAUGUUGUUGGCAGAAAUGAGCUGUAUAUAUCCUGGGGGCCACCUGAGGUUCCACUCGGGCGUCUCAACAGGUACGAUGUGAUCAUGAAUGACAAGAUCAUCUACUCUGGUAAUGACCUCAACUACCCCGUGCGGAGACUGGUGCCAGACACAGAGUAUUCUUUUGUGAUUGUGGCCCUGACCAGUGAAGGAAAAUUUGAGAGUAAAACAACAAGAAAAAGGACGGCAAAAGAUGAAUAUGAUCAAGCGAGGCCCCCUUUAUACCAGCCUCCAAAAAAGGAGGCAACAGAAGAUAAUAUAAAGGUGACCCCUGGUCAGCCAGCCAAUCAGAAGAGGCGUAAGUCGAGUGCCACUAGAGUAUCCAGUGCAAAAUUGAAGCAGAGAGGAGGCACAGGGAAGGAGCGUGUGAAGAGUAGCACAGCUCCCGUCGAAAACAGACCUCCCUCGGUAAGCAGUACAGUGUCCAUUCAAGACCAUACUCUGAAUUUGCCAGCUAGUACAAGACCUCCAGAGAAAAGCAAAUCACCCUCUCCUUUACCAUCUCCUGUGCAGAAGAGUCCUGCCCUGGAGAGCACCCCUAGUCCCCGUGUGCAACGCCCCGUGGCUGAAAUCAAGAUGGAGUCCCCUCCCCCUAAACCCAAGACCCCAAGGGCCACGACAAGACCAGAGCGUGGUUCCACCAGUGCUGGCAUUCAGCCCAGAGCUGUACUUAGUACAGUCUCAAUGCAAAAUAAUAACAAACAGGAGAAUAAUGGAGAAAGUGGUAAACCAAUGGAAGCUACUGUUAGUGGUACAAAAAUUGUCAGUAAAAAUGCACCGAUACAAAACAACCUUGGAAAAAUGGAAAGGUCAAAGACUACCAUGAAUGGAGGUAGAGAAUAUAGAAAAGGUAAAUACUCAGGAUCAGUCCAAAAUAGAGGUGAAAGGAAUGACAGUGAUGUUAAGGGGAGUAUGGAAUUACCAGAGGCCUCAAGGACAAGAGAAAGGUCAAGGCCAAAUACCAAUGAUCGAGAACACAAUACCAUGUCAGUAUCUAGCAAUAGGAAAUCAAAACAAGAGGUAGAACAUUACUCUUCAAAUACUUGUACAGUGCACGAUACCGAUCGUGUAGAAAAGGAUAAGUUUUGUUUCACCACCCCAGAUAUAAGUAGGGAAAGGUCAAGCAAGGUGAAAGGUCACGGUGUGUCAAGGACAAGUGCUGAUCGAAGCAAAGGAUCUAAAGAUGCAGUCUUGCCAAAACCACUUCCUCCUAGUCAACAGUACUUGAUGGACGCAGGCAACACAUAUGGGGAUAAGUCAUCUCCACAAUCCAAAGCUGAAUCUGAUUGGCUGUCCCAAGUCAAGAGCGUUUCAGAUAACCUCUCCCGUCCUCCCCAGGCUCAACUGCCUGUAUUUCACGAGUCUGCGGACAGCACUUAUUUUAUUGACCAAUCACAAUACCUACAGAGAACUAACACCUACGUCAGUUCACACAGGCAUCAAAUCCUUGAACCAAUACGUAAGAAAGACUACCCCACCCACCCUGCUUUAGGUAACGCAGCUCACCCCGUUCUGUCGCCGAUCCAAGAACAUAUUCCCAACGUUUUACGGAGAUACAAACCUAUCAAGCCGUUUGUAGUUCGCCGGGAAGAUGAUUCAAGGCCUACAAUAGGAGGAAGAAGGUCACUGGAAAAACUGCAGCCAUCAAGGAUGACAUCCAAUGCGAAGGUCGCAAUGCCUGCAAAAAGCGGACAGUUCGACCUUGACAUUCCUGAUACAUCAUCAAAACUAGCAAACAAGUUCAUCCCAAUGCAGUUACGGACACAACCAUCUAAUCUUGGAAUGGGCCAGCUACAGAGGAUGAACACAACGCUAAUGGGUGAUCUUACAGCUUCCAAUAGUGUAUCAUUUCGACGUUUUGAGGCAAUGACCCGAAGUCACACACUGAUGGAAAUGCGCCAGUCACAACCGCUGCCCAACACUAGCGACAUUCCCAUGGAAAACAGGAGGGACCUUGUCUUGCCAGCAAAGGAGCGUGGAGCAGGGGCGAGCCGAAGGUUAAGUGGGUCCCCAGGAAAGGCUCACAAGCUGGGCAGUUCCCCUGGGAUGGGGACCCACAGGACAGGGGAGCCUGACUCCAUGCUUCUCCAACAGUCAUGGGGCCUAAACAGCUCCUCAGACCUCGGAGCCCUGCAGAAUGUCAGAUAGCGCUAACAGCAAUUUUGCAGGCUUAACUGUAACUCAGACUUUCGAGACUUUAGAGACCGGCAGAAUGUUUCAUUAUAGAAUCUGCAUAAAGGCAUUGUUGGGCAUGCAUACAUACCUCAUUAACUUGAGCAGAGUCCCAAGCAUAGUUAUUUUGCUCAGACGUUGCUUUAAAGGGACUAGACACCAGAUGAUACAACUGCAUGAAAAAACGGAAAUUGACAAAAGCUGACAUAAAAUUGAUAUCAUUGUGUACAACACAUUGGAUCGGAUUACUGAUGUUGCUAACGACACAUGUAUCUUUCAAAUUUUCUGCAUAUUUUUCCAUUUCGAAAAUGUUCUGGGUUCGGCUACCACGUAAAUCCUAGUUAAUUUUAAAAAAGCGUCGGUAUAUGAAUCAGUAAUAAUCACAUGAAUUUACAUGCUACACAUACACACUAUAAACUGGGAAACCAUUAUGCGCUAUUUUUAAACAAGUAAAUUGGCCAAAUUUGGAACCAUCUGGUGUGUAGUCCCUUUAAACAAAGAGUGUACUACUCAGGAUGCCGAGCAAAAUGGAUCAAAAUGUUAGUGUUACGGCAGUUUUACUGGUCAUCCCAGCCCCAAAGGCAUUUUUUUAGGUGGCUGUAAAAUGGAUUGGACAUAUGACAGCUGUGUUUAAAGUCAUGAAAUUUUCACAUCAAAUUGCGUAAUAGGAAAUAUUGUGAAUUAAAUUAGUGCUUAGUUUGUGUAGAUUUUAGAAUAUUCCGAUGGAGUAUUUUUUAUUAUGUUGUAAGUAUUUUAGUUGAAUACAGAAUUAAAAGACAAAAACACAUACAAGAACAUGUACAUCAUUGUCUUAAUAUCACAGAAAAAUGCCAAUGACAGUGUGGCUUUUUCCAUUUUGUUUCAUUGCCUUCCAAAACAAUAGACAUUUAUUUAGUUUGAUAAAUUAUUGAACUCUGAAUCUUGUUACAGUUACUGCCCCCAACAACCUGAGUUUUUUAAUUUAUACACCAACGCUUCAGCAUCAGUUUAUAAUUUCAAUCAGGAGGUUAGUGGUGACAUAACUACGGUAUCUCAAUAUUUAUUCUGAAAAAAUAAAAUGAUCUUUUCAAUUCUUGGUAAAGAUUUAAAUUACAAAUUGUGUAGUACAUGAUUUUUUUUGGUUGAAUGAAAUUGACGUACAUCUUGCCAGAACAACUGUGGAGCCAUAUGGAUUUUACUUCUUGAGUUAUUCAAUGUAUUGUCUUAGGUCUGUUGUUUUUUUGUGAAUGUUACUAUUGUUUGUAAGGUAUGACGUCAAUUCAGUCCAGUUUACAUUUUUUGCCAUGUCUAUUUUGGCCUGGUGAAACUUUUUUAUUUCGAUAAAUUUUGUUGAAUAAAUUGUAUAAAUUAAGCAUUGAAUGUCAGUUUAUAUCACUGAUAAGAAAAUUUAGUCCGCACUUUUCAUGUUUUGGAACAUAUAUUAUUUCCAAAUAAAUGCAUAUAAUUAAUGCCCAUAUCUACCCAUAUUUGCGUGAGUAUUUUCUAGUACUUGGAGUAUGCUUUAUAGUCCAUUUCUUUGUUAGUGAAUAAUUCUGAGAAAAAAAGUUUAUAAAAUGUAUUUUUUUUUCUUUCUUUUAUAGAAAUACAAUAUAAAAUACUAAAGAAAAGUAGGCCAAUGUUGACCAGGCUGAGUUUGUUACUGUGCUGAUAUGAACCAGGCCGAGUGAAAUCAAGGGGCCAAUAUCGACCAGGCGGAAAUGUAACUGGGCCGAAAUGACCCAUAUCUGUAAUGGUCUUGUUAAAAAUAGUUUGGUAUUACAAUUUACUGUGAUACCAAUGUUUGUAUUUGUGAAUUCCAUGAUAAACCUUUUUGCUAUACGUUUAGGCUAUGUGCAUAAUUUACCAGAUCUGUUUGUGUAAUAUAUAUAUAUAUAUAAGAACAUGUUUUAUUAUUGUUAAAAGAUAUGUGCUAUCUUUGUUUAUGCCUUUUUGUGCUGUGUUUACAAUACAAAAGAUAUGCAACAUUUUUACAUUUAAAGAUGGGCAAUGUUAUAGAAAAAAUUAUCAGGAAAUGAUGAUAUACCUUGACAGUAUUUUACAGUCAUGCUUUUCAACAAUUCCUGUAUUGUAGCAUACAUUUUUUUCAGAAAAAGAAGUACAUGUGCAAAGAUUAAGUUAUAGUUUGAUGAUGUGAAGUAAAAUCUUUAUGAUUAAGAAUGGGCGGAAUGAGCUGAGCAAACUAGACAUCUUAAUCAUUAUGAUAUUACUUCAUUUAACUGACAUAGAAUACACAGGGUGUGUGUAUUGGAUUAGUGGCAGUAGGCAGACCUCUAAACACAAGUGAAAGUUGAAAUUCGUAAUGAUUAAGCCUAGUACUUAAUAACUGCUUAUUUGCAAUUUCAUUGGCUGAAAAUGUAGGUUGUAUUCUAAAUAAGGUUGCAUUUUCUAGACCAUAUGAUAAUCAUUUAAAGAGGCCAAAUUGAAAAUUAUCUGUUGGAUACCAAAUACUGAAAUACUGAGAAGUUGUUUGUUUAGCAAAGAAUUUCAGAUCCAAGCACUUUUAUAACAAAAGCACUUAAGUCAUUUCUCAAUUUCAAUUAACCACUCGACAGAACAAAAUGAUUUAAAAUCUUAUAUGAAUUUACUCUUUUAAAAUUGAAUUUUUGCAUGAAUUAAGUUGAUUAAAAACAUCCAUCAAUGUUUAGAUUUUUUUAUUCAAAAGCAAAAAAAGUACUUCAGAACAAUUUAUUAUUUUUGAGUCAUUAUUGAAGCCUUUUUUUGCCUCAUAAUUACUUAUGUUAAGAAUAAUGUUUAAGUCACAUCAUAAGUUCGUUUAAGAGAAAUUGUAUUGUUAUUUUUUUAAGCACAAUGUGUCUACUACUUAUAUUUUUAUGUCAGAACUCAUUUUUUAAGGAUUUUUUUUCAUUUGUACAUAGCAAUUUAUUUUAUUUAUAAUAUAUUAUCAUUAUACUUCUUUUUUUAUUUUUUAAAAAGGCAUUGUUUAAAAAAGACUAAAAGUCACUUACACGUUUGAUUAGAUUUAGAAUAUGCAGUGAUGGUUCAGAUAAGAUUGCCAUUGUUAAUAUCAUUCAAAGAUUUUUCGAGAUUUACAUACUUCGUAGUCAUUGUUGUUUCUCAAACAUGUGUGUGUUUUAGUACCAAUACACGGCUACUAAAUGCCAGCAACACCACUUAUCAAUGGUGCAAAGAAAAUGAGCUGUCAAUAUUUCUGUGGUGCACACGUGUGUAGAAGGUAACACAAUGCACAACUGCACCACUGAAGUGUCAAUAGCUCAUUUUCUUUGCACCACCGAUAAGUAGCGGAGCUGGCGUUUAGUAGCCGUGCAGUAGAAAGGUCUUCUUGAAUAUACAGUUUCAAGAGCAAGGAAACAGAUUUGAACAUUAUGCAUAUAGAACCGUUUUGUAUCGAUUUCUACAUAUCCAAACUUUAUGGGAAUAUGUUCUUAAAAGGCCUUGAUUUUAUAGGAAUAUGUUUAUUUCAUUUAUAUGAUAAACACAUGUCUGUGAUGAUUUAUAUGUUGCUCAUCUUUAUUAAAGCAUUUAUUUAU